AUGUGUGAAGACCAAGCCUUAAAAACCCAACCCUUUGGCUUUUGCUGCAAGCAGGCUGGUGUUGCCAUUGGAAGACCAAGUGAAAAAUGUGACGGCAAGUGUGUAAUCUGUGACUCCUAUGUGCGUCCCUGCACCCUGGUGCGCAUAUGUGAUGAGUGUAACUAUGGCUCUUACCAGGGGCGCUGUGUGAUCUGUGGGGGCCCUGGAGUCUCGGAUGCCUAUUACUGUAAGGAAUACACCAUCCAGGAGAAGGAUAGAGAUGGCUGCCCCAAAGUUGUGAACUUGGGGAGCUCUAAGACAGACCUCUUCUAUGAACGCAAAAAGUAUGGCUUCAAGAAAAGGUGA